AACAGAAAACAAACGGCAUGUGAAACCAACUAUAGUGCCACUAGUACAGUGUAGUGCAGUUUGUUCAACUGGAUUAUAACCUCAUCCUGUGGCGAUACUUUUAAUCUGUUAAGAGAAAGCCUAACUGCGAAAAUGUAAAAUUGUUGUUAGCCUGUUAAUACAAUACAUUCAAGCUUCCUAGGUUAGGUUACAAAAACAUUAAUUAUCGCAAUAAAAUAGGAAACAGGACACUAUAUUAAGUUGGAAUCACCCGAUGCUCGAUUUCUUGAAUUAUAAUGUGUGCAUGUUUCUAUGCUUGUUCUAAUACAUGCUAGAUUGUUUAUAUGAUGAUAUAUCAUAUGAAGUUCACAACGAUAGCUCGCAUAAAAAUCAUGCAUAAUAAUGCCUCGUAAUUAUAUAAGGAAAACGAAUAAAAAUGAAUGGACCGAGUCUCAGUUAAAACUAGCAAUACGUUCAAUAAUGCAGCCUCCUCAUCUCAAAAUCAGAGAAGCUAGCAGGAAAUAUGGUAUCCACGAGUCUACUCUCCGAAAGCGGAUGAAAAUUAAUUCAGUCGAACAUAUGCCCUUAGGACGCAAGCCCACUUUCACAGCUGAAAAAGAAAUAAUGUUGGUAGACCAUAUUAUUAAUGUCGCAAAACUUUAUUAUGGAAUCACGCCCCAUGAGCUUCGUAGAAUUGCUUAUGAAUUUGCAGAAGCAAACAAAAUUAAGCAUACCUUCAAUACAACAACGAAGUUGGCUGGAAAAGAUUGGCUUUAUCUUUUUCUCAGGCGACAUCCACAUAUUUCAUUGAGACAGCCAGAGAGUACCAGCCUUAAUAGGAUUACUGCGUUCAACAAAGACUCUGUUAAUCAUUUUUAUAGUAAUUUGAGUGAUGUUUUAGAAAUAUUCAGAUUUAAGGCAAAUCAAGUAUAUAAUGUGGACGAAACUGGCAUUACUACGGUGCAAAAGAAGUGUCCUAAAGUUUAUGCGCAGAAAGGCACAAAAAAAGUUGGAGCAGCGACUUCAACAGAAAAAGGAACUGUUACUGUAGUUUUUUGUAUUAAUGCUGCAGGAAAUUAUAUUCCACCCAUGUUAAUUUUUCCAAGAACUCGUAUGAGACCUCUGCUUGAAAGAAACGGACCAAUGGGAGCAAUUUAUGGUUGCUCAAAAAGUGGAUGGAUUAAUGAAGACCUUUUUAUAAAAUGGUUGCAGCAUUUUAAAAACUAUGUGAAACCAACUAAUGAGGACCCGGUUCUUCUUAUAUUAGAUAAUCACUCAAGCCACAUUUCCUUUGCAGCUUUUCAAUUCUGUAAAAAAAAUUAUAUCACUGUUAUAACUCUUCCUCCUCACACGUCUCAUAAACUCCAACCUCUUGAUUUGACUUUUUUUGGUCCGUUGAAAAAUGCUUUUUAUCGGGAGUGUAAUUUCUUCUUAAAUACUAAUUCUUAUGAGAAAAUCACUGAAUACAAUCUCGCAGAGUUACUGAAUAAAGCAUUCAUCAAAGUGGCUACAAUGGAAAAAGGAAUUUCUGGUUUUUCUUCAGCAGGAAUUUGGCCUUUCAACCCCGACAAAUUUGAUGACCACGAUUUUAUUCCAAAAGAGAUUACUGAUCAAGAACUGGUUACUGAAGCAGUUCCUGAAACUUUAAAUACAGAUGAAAAUGCUGAUCCCAAUAAACUGAAUAAUUAUGCUAAUCAUGCAAUUGCUGCUUCUUCUUUAAAUGGAUCUCCUUCCGAUUCAACUCCGAGCACUUCUAAAAUCGCUAUUACAGAAAUCUCAUCGGUUCCUGUAAGAAAAUUAAAGACAAAAGUACGAUAUUCACGUGAAAAAAUGCAAUCUGAAAUUUUUACUGUCAGUCCGCAAAAACAAAAAUUGCAACGGCUAGAAGAGAAAAAAAAAGAUUCUCUAAAGAAAAAAAUGAAUACAUUGGAAGCGAAUGCUAACCGAGCUAAGAAAAGUCUAAAACUAUCAACAGGAUCAAAAGAAAUAAAGGUUGAAUUAUUGGAAAACAAAAAAUCUGAUGUCAAAACAGAAAAUUCGAUACUUCCCCCUCCUAACGACUGCAUUAUUUGUGGAGAAGUCGGAAGUGACAAGAAGUUUUGGCUCCUAUGCUGUUCAUGUUUCAAAUGGGUGCACGAAGAAUGUAGUGGCGCUAAUGAUACAGAAAAUUAUAUCUGUGAUUUUUGUCUCGAUAAUUAAGUUUUUCAAUUUUUUUUAUUUUGUGUUAACAUUGGUUUCGUAAAUUCUUUACAUUUUUAUUUUUAUGUUUGAUUCUGAAUUCUUUUAAUUGUUAUUUUUGUACUAGCACUGACUGUGCAAAUUCUUUCAAUUAUUAUUUUUGUAUUAAGACUGGCUGACGGCUGUGUGAAUUCUUUUAAUUAUUAUUUUCAUACUAGCACUGACUGUGCAAAUUCUUUCAAUUAUUAUUUUUGUAUUAAGACUAGCUGACAGCUGUGUGAAUUCUUUUAAUUAUUAUUUUUAUACUAACACUGGCUAUGCGAAUUCUUGCAAUUUUUAUUUUUGUAU